AUGGCGGCCGAGGCCUCCGCGCCGCCCGCCGAGGGAGCGGCGCCGUCCACGCUUUCGGGGCUCGAGCCCGAGCCCUUCCUGCGGAGCUACUUGGGCCGCCUCGGCGCUCUGCGGCCGGGGCCCGCCGCCAGCCAGGCCCCGGGGGGCGAGAUGGGCCGCCGCACGGAGCUCCACCUCCUCUUCGACCAGCUCAUUUCCGAGACUUGCGGCCCGGGGAGAGCGGCGGGGGCGGCGCUGGGCGAAGCUUGUGGGGAUAGGCGUCGUGGAACCGACAAAUCAGCCGUGGGGCUGCAACGUGAUGUUCGAAACUCCUCUCCCCAUGUCAAACGGAUAAUCCCAGAGGCCCUCCUGCGCACCGGAGUAUGCCUUGUGCUGUCGCCGUGUGCUCACACUGGAAGGCAACCUCUCCAGGGGUUGGUACUUUCCAACCGGAAUGGAAAAAUCUCGGGACCUGGCUCCUCGGGGUCUGUUGUCAACCCUCGUCUGCGGGUGGUCUGGAUGCCUUUCUCCAACGGCACCUGCCCUGAUUGGCUGGGGGACCCCUGUCCCUGUGGCUUGCCUCUCUUCGAUGAGCCAUUGAAUCUCCUCGGUGAGCCCCUCGGCCUGCUCAGCCUCCUCCCAGAUGGUCCGCUCAGCCGCUCCGGCGGCGAUCCGGUCAGCCUCCCCCAGAAGCAGUUGUCAGAGGCCCUUUGGGUCACCCGCUCCCGCCACGGCUGCUCGGGCGACCCCCAGUUGGACAGGACAGCCGAAUUCCUCUUUGAGAAGCUGUUGAACCUCCUCCUCGGUAAGCGGCUCCGCUGCCAUUUCCAGGAUUCGCGCCGCCACCUUGGCGGCAGCCUUUUCAGCCUCCUCACGGAGGCGUUGCAGGAGGAUGUCUGUGACUUACUUGUCCAAGCUUGUAAAUUAGUGCUGCUUAAUCAAGAACAUCUUGUCAACAAGGUGUGCCAGCUGACUCAUCAUUUGCUUAACAGAUUCCAGGUAACGGUUGAUGAGGAGAGCCUGAAAUUCCUUCUGCCUUAUUUCAUCUCUGCCCUGAAGCAGUGCAGCUCUUGGACACACGUGGAAAUUCUGCAGGCUUUGGCAGCUUCAGUCUACGGCAAUGGACCCAAAUGCCAAAAAUACCUUCCAGAUUUGUUGGGGGAAAAUGGACCUCUGCUACAGUUCAGCAGUCCAGCUCAGACAGACGUUGAGCUCAAGAGAGCUGCAGUGCACAGCAUGGCAAAUUUGUGCCUCAGCAUACCUGGACAGCAGUAUCUAGAGGAACCUUACAAAGAGAUCUGCUUCCAGACUUUCCUCAAUGUGUUACAGUCUUCAAAAGGACCUAGUGUGGAUGACAUCACCUUUUGCAUGUUGUUACAGAACGCAUUGAAAGGUGUCCAGUCACUCUUAAACGGUGGGGAGAUGAAGCUGCUGCAACCCGAUCCACUUGGCUCCCUGCUUGCUGUGUUAAAGAAAUGCAUGUUCUAUGGGCUUCCUGGAGUGAACAUAGAAAUGCCAGCUAUCUUGUACCCAACACUGCUUCCUCAGUAUGACAGCAGAUCACCGGUCAAACAAGAGAAGUCAGACGUAUGCAACUUGAAGCCGCCGAUGAGCAGAAGGAAAAAAUCCAAGUCGAAGCAGAAAAAGGGGAAGCAGGAGGAAGAGCAAAAAGAAGAUGAAGAAGGCAGUGGAGGAAGCGAGAAACCCACGUUAUCUGGAGAAGCACAGCAGAAUCCUGGUCCGAAGGUUUGGAGACUCUCUCUGGAUGAGGCACGCACAAUGCCCAUGAAGGAUCAUCUUCCUUUGCAUGUGCCAGGCUGGAAAAGAAUCAGCAGCAGCGACUCAGAGUAUUCUGAUGCUGAAUGUGGAAUACAGAGCAAAACAAGGUCUUUCCAAGCGACAGUUCGCCAAGGGGCUUUAAGCUGCUUCCUUUCUGCCGUGAAGUCAUUAGAGAAGAAAGUCCUCUAUGGCUAUUGGCCCGCAUUUGUGCCUGACACACCUGGCAUAGGAAGCCCACAAUCACUGUCGUUGAUUACUAUUGCUUUAAAAGACCCUUCUCCAAAGACUCGCACCUGCGCUCUUCAAGUACUUUCAGCGAUCUUGGAAGGCUCCAAGCAGUUUCUUUCCAUUGCUGAAGAUGCCAAUGACCACAGGAGGGCUUUCACUCCCUUCUCGGUCACCGUUGCGUCCAGCAUCCGAGAGCUUCAUCGCUGCCUGCUGUUGGCCCUGGUGGCUGAAUCCUCUUCCCAGACCCUCACCCAGAUAAUCAAGUGCCUGGCCAAUCUUAUAUCAAAUGCGCCAUACAACCGCUUAAAGCCUGGGCUGCUGACCAGAGUAUGGAACCAGAUAAAGCCGUAUAUUAGACAUAAAGAUGUUAAUGUUCGAGUGUCGAGCCUCACACUGCUGGGAGCCAUUGUUUCAGCUCAAGCUCCUUUGCCGGAGGUACAACUGCUUCUGCACCAGCCCACCUCUUCUGGGCUCAGCGAUAGCGGAUCUGCUACACCCCACUCUUCUGGAGCAUGUGAAUGGCAGAGGAAAACCCCAGGGGAGCCACCCCUUAGCAUGGAGAACGCACCUGCAGAGCCCUGCUGGCUCAUCCGGCUCUGCAUCUCUCUCAUCGUGCUGCCCAGGGAUGACAGCUACUCGGACAGCGAUGCCGGUGGGAUAUCAAAUGCCAGUGGAUAUGAGCCCUCUCCUGUUCGGCUGGAGUCGUUGCAGGUCUUAGCUCUCCUUGUCAAAGGCUAUUUCUCAGUUUCUCAGAGUUAUUUGCUAGAGCUUGGUGAAGUUGCUUGCAGAUGCAUGGAGGAAACAGAUCCGUCUGUCCAGCUGCACGGGGCAAAACUCCUGGAUGAGCUUGGCAUGGGGAUAAUAGAGCAGCACAAGCCAGAUUCAUCUGUUGCUCUGGAUCAGCGGUUGCCGGUUGACCUGGUUGUUGCCUUCUGGACUAGGAUGCUGAACGGCCCCUUGCCUGGCGCCUUGCAGAACUCCCAGCACCCCAUGCUUCAGACCAGCACUUGCAACGCUCUCUCUUCUAUUUUGCCAGAAGCCUUCAGUGGUCUACAGGCCGACAAGCAAAUUCUGUGUAUCACCCUUCUGCUUGGGCUCAACCACAGUGAGAAUCCACUGGUGAAAGCCGCGGCUGCACGUGCUCUAGGAGUCUAUGUUGUUUUCCCAUGUCUUCGCCAGGAUGUGUUGUUUGUCGCUGACACAGCAAAUGUGAUCCUGAACUCGCUCACUGACUGUUCUCCCAACGUCCGUGCCAAAGCAGCAUGGUCCUUGGGGAACCUGACGGACACGCUGAUCAUCAACAUGGAGCUCAUGGGACAAAGCUUUCAGGAUGAAUUCUCGGAUCUCCUCCUGUUGAAAAUGCUACGAGCAGCGAUCGAGGCCUCUAAGGACAAAAAUAAGGUGAAAAGCAAUGCAGUGCGUGCCCUCGGAAACCUCCUUCAUUUCCUCCAGCCAGCUCACAUAGCCAAUCCCAGGUUCGGUGAACCUAUUGAGGAAUCCGUCCAGGCCCUGAUCUCCACGGUGCGAAGUGAAGCCACCAUGAAGGCACGCUGGAAUGCUUGUUAUGCCCUUGGGAAUGUCUUCAAAAACAUUGCCUUGCCACUGGGAGAAGCCCUUUGGACUGCCCGAGCCUAUGAUGCCCUCACUUCGGUGGUCAAGUCCUGCAAGAAUUUCAAAGUCCGCAUCAAAUCUGCUGCCGCCCUCUCUGUACCAGCCGAAAGGAAGCAUUACGGCACUCCUGAGCAGUUCUCUCACAUCUGGAGCUCGCUGGUUGUGGCCUUGCAGAAGAGCGAGGAUGCCGAAGACUUCCUGGAGUUCAAAUACAGCACCAGCCUCCGGACGCAGCUGUGCCACGCUCUGCUCCAUUUGCUGAGCCUGGCUGAUGAGGCAGACCUGCCAGCCAUCCGGAGAUCAGCAGCGGAGCACAGAGAAGCCAUCGGAGCCUACAUGCUGCAGUAUGUGAAGUCUGGAGGCGAAGACGAUGAAAUGGGGAUCGGCGAGAGCUUCCGUCAAAGAGAUGAAAUCUUGAAGAAGGCUAUUGAGCACGUGCGAAGUAUCGAAGAACUGUCAACGAGCCCCAUGAAAAGGGGGGCAGUAGCUUGUCUGGAAGAAGUCUUGAAAGUCCACAGUGCUGCUGCAGGACUAGCAGAAUCUUGA